GGAUUCAUCAAGCGUCUCAUCGUCUUCUUCUUCGUCGAUUUUGUCCCCAAAUCUUGGUGUAGGGAUUUUCCGUCGAUAUUAUAUUGUCGAGGAUUAUCGAAGAUGAGUUCUACUGGUGGUGCUGGAUCUACUAAAGGAGGGAGAGGGAAGCCCAAAUCGACGAAGUCGGUAUCCAGAUCGCACAAAGCGGGGCUUCAAUUUCCUGUCGGAAGGAUCGCGAGGUUUCUGAAGGCAGGAAAGUACGCCGAACGUGUCGGAGCCGGCGCUCCGGUUUAUCUCUCCGCCGUGCUUGAGUACCUCGCUGCGGAGGUUUUGGAGCUUGCUGGUAAUGCUGCUAGAGACAACAAGAAGAAUAGGAUUGUUCCGCGGCAUAUUCAGCUUGCGGUGAGGAACGACGAGGAGCUAAGCAAACUUCUUGGCAGCGUCACCAUUGCUAACGGAGGUGUUUUGCCCAAUAUUCACCAGCAUCUCUUACCCACAAAGGCUGGCAAAGGAAAAGGCGAUAUUGGCUCGGCUUCUCAAGAAUUUUAAUUUGUUCCCCUUUCGUUCGUUCUUGAUGUAGCAUAUAUAUAGUUUUUGCCUUGUGGGUCAUGAGAAUGCGGAAUUUGAACUUCGAAUUCGAGUCAAUUGAAUCAAUAUUAUAAUUC